AUGGCGGGCCGUAGUGUCUAUUUGUGGAUUUGCACCCUCGUUGUUGGCCGCCUCGCCGACGCCUUCACUGUUGGCCCGGGUUCAAGAUUCUGUGUUCGGCCCGCCGGAGGGAGCCUGGAUGUCUCCCACGAAUGCACAGGGCACGCUAGACGGGGAAUGAAUGUUUCACCACUCGGCGCCAAGUCGGCCACCUCUCUCUCUUCAACCUGGCGUGGAGCGAAGGAAAUAUCAGGGCUUACGGAGAGUUCUGCCGUUCCCGUGUUCGAUGUAGAGAAAAUCCGCCAGAUUCUUCCUCACAGGUUCCCGUUUUUGCUCGUCGACAAAGUCCUCGAGUUCGAGCCAGGGAAGAGAGCCGUGGGUGUCAAGCAGGUAACAGCAAACGAAGAUCAGUUCAACGGACACUUCCCAGGUCGAGCAAUAAUGCCAGGAGUCCUUCAGGUAGAGGCCCUCGCACAGCUGGCUGGCAUCGUCGCUCUGCAGCCUCCAAUCAGCGACGGCCAAGGAAACUUCUUCUUCGCCGGCGUAGACGGCGUUAAAUGGAAGAAGCCUGUCGUCCCCGGUGACACGCUGGUCAUGGAGGUGGAGCUGACUGCCUGGAAGGAGAAGUUCGGUAUUGCUAAAGCCACUGGAAAGGCAUUCGUGGACGGCAAGCCUGCUAUCGAAGUAGGCGAGAUGACUUUUGCGCUUGUACGGUGA